AAUCAGUUCCCAGAAUUUAUUUACAUAAGUUUCCUCCCGUUGACACACACGCUAUCCCUUCUGGGGUCUUCUUCAGGGGUCUCUGGAUGAAGGCUGUAGACCUUCCUCACAGCUGAACUUUUCAACUGUCCUUCUUGUGCAUGUUCUUAAGCCCCUUGGGCACCUCUUCAAGGCUGCAUCUGGUCCUAGCUGGUUCUUCUUUUAUCAUUGUGCUAGUCCUUGUUAUCUGGCUUUAUUAGAUGCAGUCACAUUCUUUCCCAUUCUUUCUAACUGCAGCCUUGUUAAAAGUCCUUAGUUAAGCAUAAGUAUCCAGGAGCAGGCUAGCUAAAAGUUAUUAUUCAAGCUAAUCCUACAUUUCAGUAAUAAAAUCCCCAAAUCUAUGAGUAAUAUUCAAAUAUUAAUAAUAAUAGGUUUAUUCAAAUACAUAAUAGGUUAGCGACUUAUAACAAAUAAUUUCUUCCUUCAAGUGUUUUAAUUUCCACUCAGCAGCUGCAGUUGUCACGGCAGGACUCAGGCCGUCCAGGGGAGGAGAUCCCCCUUUGGCUGGACACAUCACACAGGUUCACGUUGAUGCUUUGGUCCUGCAGCGCCAGGGCUACCAGCGUCUCAACACGCUGACUUUUCUUGAUACCCAGUUUGGGGUGUGAGCACAAGGUUUGGUACCAGCUACGGUAGAAACUGAAGGGGAAAACGGUGUUUUCUUAGAUUAGCGCUACGGGUAAGAGUUCAUCUUCCCCUCGCUGCGGGUGACCACGCAGGACGCCAGGAGCAUCGGUGUCACCACCCGCGGGAGGCGGCGAGCGCAGGCGCUGCGGGGCGGUGGUUGCUAUGGUUACCGAGACGCCACCUCGAGGAGAAGGAGUGGGGGAGAGAGGGUCCCACUGCGCUCCUUGUCCCCUGCUGGUGGCCCCUGUCGCCCUGGAUACCGCCGCACCGCCUUCCUCUUCGCUGCUGGAGGUUUUUUUUUUUUGCCAUGAACAUGGAAUUUGAGCUCUUCCACCCCGUGUUGGUUCAAUGGUGGUGCGGGAAAUCAUAAAGGUGUGCUGUUGGUGAGUAAUGUUGCUCUGUAAAUGCUCUGCACCUACACUGAGCGUUGUGUACCUACAGCGGCUACAGGAAAGGUGGAGAGGGACUGUUUACAAGGGCUUGUAGUGAUAGGACGAGGGGGGAGGGGCAUAAACUGGAGAGGGUCACAUUUAGACUAGACAUAAGGAACAAUUUUGUCACUAUGAGAGUGGUGAGGCGCUGGCACAAGUUGCCCCGGGAAGCUGUGGAUGUGUUCAAGGCCAGGUUGGAUGGGGCUUUGGGCAGCCUGAUCUAGUGGGAGGUGUCCCUGCCUGUGGCAGGGGGGUUGAAACUAGGUGAUCUUUAAGGUCCCUUCUAAUCCAAACUAUUCUAUGAUUCUAUGAGUUAUGCUGACUGCCUCCUGGCAAUGCCAUGCAGUAUUCUUACUGUUAAGGACCAAUGAGAUGCUAAAUGUUUUGGUUUUGGUAGAAGCAAAGACCUCAUAUGCUACUCUAGGUAGGCUACUGGAGAAUAGCUACAGAAAAAGCUUUUUGGGAUAUUAAAUCUCCACGUCUUUGAUGGCGGAAUGUGCUGGUAUGCAGUUUUAAAUAGAUAUUGUGAUUAUUCUUGCAGAAUGGCUAAAAACGUGUGACUGAUGCUUUAGGAAAUGGAUGAUAUAUCAGAUAAUUGCUUUGAAGUUGUUAUAACUGAAAGGUCUGGUGCAAAGCAACCACCUGCAUCCUCACAAAGCAGAGCCAUCGGAGAGGACGAAAACGGGGACUCAGCAGAGAAACCUCCGCUUUCAGAGGUUACAGGCACUGCACAGUCAGAGGAGGGCUGUGAGCAGCAGUCUGCUCUGGAGCAGUCAGUUUUGAGGGAACAGAAACAGUCAGGCUUAGCAGAGUGGGAAAAACCUGGAGAAGAACUGGGCAAUCAAGAAGUGACGGGAAAGAACAAGCAAGAUGUAUUUGUGCCAGAUGCCUCGUUCAGUGCAUCAUCUGAGAACACAUCUCCUGUUACCGGUGAGAAUUAUUCUACUUCACCUGAAGUAAGAAAUUCAGAAAGGGAAGAACAAACAUCUCAAAACUCAGUACCAUCAGAGAAUAUUGCAAAUGGAACAGUAACAGGAAAUACAGUUGAGGAUAAUGAAACUCUUAGGAGAGCUAGAGCUAACUUUGUUGAAACUGUCCAGGCUGAGAAGUCAUGUCUUGGUCAGGAACAUUUUCCUGGAAAAGCAGUUCAACAAGAUUACCACAUGCCUGAAGUCAUAACUGUCAGAGUACAAACAGAUUCUGAUUCAUUCCAAGAUGUAGUUGUAAAAAUUGAAAGACCUACCUAUCAUAAACCAUUUCUGGGUGGAUUUAAGAACAAGAUAACAGGAGUGGAAUUUCAUAAUGCAGGAUCACAAACGAUACCUAAAAAACGACCUGACAAAGGAAUUGAGAUAUUUUGUAGAGAAACACAGACGGUUUUUGAAAAAAAUAAAUCACAACAAACAAGAAAUACCACAUCAACACAGAUGACUAAAAUUGGCCUGUAUGUGUCAAACAGGACUGACAAACUAAUAAGUCCUGGGAAGUAUCUUACAGCGGAUGAAUACCAUAAACGUCGGCUUGAAGCAGUAAUAGUUUUACAGACAUAUUUCCGUCGUUGGCAUGCGAUCAAUGUAGUACAAAAUCUGAGGGAAAAGAAGAGGUUAAGGCUGGAAUGGGAGGCACAAGAAGAGUUACGGAAAAAAAAGGAGAAAGAAGAAAGACUGAGAAGGGAGCAGGAGGGAAAACUGAACCCUAAAACAAAAGAAGACUUUGAGCUACUGUACCAAGCUCUAGAAAUUUGGAAGCAGGAGGAGACUGAACGGAUUAACAGAACUCUUACUGGAGCUGAAAGGAAGGCAGCACUUUGUGGACUUAUGGAACAAGAGGCACAGCUGAUUGCUUCCAUUGGAAGACGCAAACUAAAUGGUGAUGAGGAGAAUCGACAAAAAAUGAUACUGCGCUUUCUGGAUAAGUGUGCACAACCUAGGAGAUGGAGAGCAUAUGAUGGAAAAAUCACUGAGAUGGAUACAUCGUACAGAAUCCAUGCCAGAGAACUGUUUGAAAUCUAUAGCAGCGUUAGCAGGAAUGACAUCCCAAAAGAUGAGAGAAUAAGCGUGCUGUUAACACUCAGGCGUACAGUGGAGAAACAUAAAUGUAAAUUAUCCCAGGAAAUAAUGGAAUUAAUUGACAGGGAAUUUGAUCUUAUGUCAAGAGAGGUGAAAGAAUGCAACUUAGAAGGACUGAGGAAAAGAAUUUGUACAUUAUUUCUACGGUAUAUUAAAACUCCACUGUUUAACCCUGAAGUUCAUAAGAUACUUAAGGUUCCACCAGAUCCCUUAAUGCUUUAUAAUAAUGUUAACUUCUGCUAUAGCUGCGAAAAUUACUUGCCAUCUACUGAGUUUCCUGUUCCUGCUAUUUCCCGCACCAUGGGCAGAUGUCGUUCGUGUUGCAAGCUUGAUAAUGAGGCACGGAAACGAGAAGUAUUUUUCAAGUACAAACUUAUACUAAAAAAUCUCAGGAAGUCUGAAGCUGAUUAUGAGGAUGAUGCUAAAAUUGUUUUCUUAGUUCAGUACCAAGAUCUGCAGUACAUGAUUGAGAAUAUAUGGGGCUGUCAGUCAGCUCUCAGUGCCUGCAGGGACCUCUAUGAUUUGGUUAUGGUCAGAUGGGAUAAGCAGCAUGAGUGGUCUCCAUGGAACACUAUUCUCCUCACUAAAGAUGAGGCAGAUGCUCAUCUUAAACUGUGUAACCUUCAGGAGGCUUAUGAAGCGGCAUUUAUUCACAGAAUAAAACAUAAGCAUAUCCGGGCAAAAAACUACUUUACUCAGAUUCCAGCAAUGGCAUCAUUUUUGCAUAGGAGCAACAAUCAAGUUAAGGCAAAUGAAUUUUUAAUAGCUAAGCCUAUUCCUACUGGUACAAAAACAUAACUCUUAGCAAAGUUAACUGAAGUUAAAGUUAACUGAAUUAUUGAUUAGUACGAUUCCCUUGAUUUUAAAGAAAUGUACUUUUUCAUCAAUACCUUAAUUGUAUCAGAUCAAAAUAAACUUCUGAAGUUAAAAUAAUUUGAUCUUGACCAGUCAAUGUAACUGCAUCACAUGUCUUGUAACCUCAUUAUUUGAAAAGUAAAAUAUUACUGUUGAGCUUUGUAAAUUCUAAAUUUUUGGAGCAAUGCCUGUCUUUCUGUGUAUGCCUGUGUUGCUUGGAACAUUUUGUCUGUAGUGUAAUAUUCCUGUUGGGAAAAUUUAGUGAAUUCUUUGUCAACUUCUAAUUAUAAUAAUAAUAAUACCAUAAACACUGUAUUAUAUUUAUUUCUUUUGUCUUAAGCAUAGAAGGCAGAAAACCCCUCAAACCCUACAUUCCUACAGAACAAUAAAAUUGAUAUAAAAUAUAGCUGCUUUGCCUUGCAAAAAUUUGUGCAAAAGAAUAACUUCUUAUAGCACAUCUUGAUGGUCAUAGUAGAACUGCCAGCAUCUAAUUAUUGUAUCCAAGAUCUUGAAAUCAUUGUAAAUCAGAUUUAUAAUUUCAAAUAUGCAAUGCAGACUGUUGGAAAUGUUUAUUUUUUGAGGAGCUUAUGUCAUUUAAAUUGGAAGUCAAUUCUCCCCAUAAACUUAUUUAAUCAUGUUUAUGUUUGUUUAUACUUAAAGAGAAAAAAUAUGAUAUGGUGUGCAUAUGGCCAGCCAUACAGUUUUUUUUACCCAGCAAAGAAAUACACCCAUCCAAGCUGUGAGCAGCCGGGUUCUCCAGGAGUAUGAUGUGGGAAAUGGUGUCAAAGGCUUUACAAAAGCCUAGGUAGACAACAUUCACAGCCUUUCCCUCAUCCACCAAGCAGGUCACCUUGUCAUAGAAGGAAUGUACAGAAUCAUGGAAUAAUUCAGGAAAAAAAGUUUUUUAUUUUGAUAGAGUAUGUUGUCUCUCAUCCUUUACCAUGCUGCUAUCAGGUUUUCCCCAAGCCUUCUUUCCUCCAGGCUGCACAAGCCCAGUUCCCUCAGUCUCUCCUCAUGUGUCAAAUACUUCUCCAUGAGCUUCUUGAUGGACCUGUAUUGAACUUACUCCAGUUUAUUAAAACCUUUCUUGAUUUGAGGGGCCCAAAACUGACACAGUAUUACAGAUUUAUGCUUGAAGUGUUCUAGAUUCUCUAUUCCCUCAAGUAUUCUCAAGCAAACUAGUGGGUUUUUUUGGUUCGCUAAAGAAUUGUGCAGAUGCAAUUUUUUUUUGUUUAUGCAGAAGUCUAGAAAGUUAUCUAGUCCCUGAUAACAGCAGUGCCGUUUAAUCACACUGUGAAAGCCCUUGUAUAAAAAAUAGCCAUAAUAGAGAACUGGAUACUUCACCAGUAUUUGAGAUGUGGCCAUCCACAAAAUAAGUGACUACCUGUAUAAAGUGAAAGCUGAUAUCUUUCUCCAAGUCAAUGUACAAGAACAGCUUCUGAAAGCAUAGAACUUCAAUAUUUUGGAGAACAUGAGGUAUUGAAAGAGAGCCAUUGAAAAAAUGGAAAAAAAAUGCUAUCAGUAUUUUAGAUAUGUGAUUGAAUCCUUUUGUUAAGGAAAAUUCAAGGAAAGCCAAUAUAAUUAGAAAAUGAGUUAAUAAUUAUUUUUAAAAUCUAGCAUAAUUGGAAUUAGUGUAAAAUCUUUCAUAUUAGUUUCUAACUGCUGCAUUGAUCAUAAAUGUUUUGCUGAUAUUCUUACUGAAUUUAAAACCAAUUACUUUUUAACACUUUUUAUCUAUUGCAUUUAUAAUUGUAUUGGGUUUUGAAAAGGAAUUAAUUUAAAACUUUCCAGUAAUAGCUCCUGUUUAUGUACCUUACAAAUCAUAUUUUGAAAGGUACUGGACAAGUAUGAAGAAUGAAAGCAUUCUGUGUGUUAGACAGUGGCAAAUACUGGAAAACCUGACUGAAUAGAUCGGUGUCGGAUUAAAGAUACUGUAUUUCCCAGGGAAGUUGUGGCUGUCCCCAUCCCUGGAGGUGUUCAAGGCCAGGUUGGAUGGGGCCUUGAGGAGCCUGGUCUGGUGGGACACAUCCCUGCCCAUGGCAGGGGGUUGGAACUAGAUGAUCUCUAAGGUCCCUUCUAACCCAAACCAUUCUAUCAUUCUAUGAUUUCUAAAGUCAUUGUGUUUUAUCAGAAAAAGAAAACUGUUCAGAUAAAAGGUUUGUCUGAUAAAAUCUGUUUCUAUUAGAACUCAGUAAAUUCUUUAGAAGUACAGCUGAUCAUCUUUGCUUGAAUUUCAGUGAGUUACUCACAAGAUGGUUUUGGAAUCUGUUGGUAAAAAGGCCUCUGCUUUGGAUCCUAGACCUUUCCAGGAUAAUGAGAACAAAUGAUUGCAAAGUGUCACUUCCUCUUCAAAGGAAAAUAGGCUAAGGUGAAAUUCUAACCUUCUGUCUUCACUUCUGAGAAGUGGCUAAUGUGAUAGGCUUUAAACUCUUAUAAAUCAUACCUUAGAGGUUGAGUCUGUAAGUCCACACUCUUGACAAACUGAUGAGAAAUGCUGGGUUCGCCUCAAGUCUUUCUGAGAUGUAGAUACUCACUACCACGAAAAAGGGGAUUAGUCUUUAUAGCUUAUAUUUCUGAUUCUGCACUAGCAGAGAGAUGUGGUCAAUUAACACUGCAGCUUACCUCACAGGACUCUUGUAAACAAGACUACCAAGCAUGAAGCUAAAUUUGCCUUCUAACCACCUCCAACACCAUUGGUAAUCUAUUUCAAGAGGGAAGAGAUCUGACAUUUUUCUCACAUCCAUAAUUGGGUAAUAUGUUAAUCUGGCAAAGAAACUUAUAUAUUUUGGCUCCCCACUCCCAAGAGGAGUCCAUGCUUUUUCCAGGAUGUAAAUUUCCCUACUUAUAUCUCAAAGGAAGAAGAACUCAGAGUAAUCGUUUCCUCCACCUCCUUACCCCAAAAAAAUGUCCCAAUGAACAAAGUAUUAAUUCCCUUCUUAGAUAAUAAAAUUAUUGCAAAAGUGAUAAAACAGGAUAAUAAAUUAAUACGUGAGGGUAGCAAAGUUGUUGCGGACCAGUAUCUGUCAUAUGGAAAAUACUUUGUCAAUGGGAAAUUACACUAAUACUAAUUGGCAUUAAAGAAAAAAGAAAUCAUUCAGAGCUUAGAUUCUUUCAAUUAUUAUUUUUUUUAAAAGACCUAAAUUUGAAUAUGUCUAUUACCUGAGCUGGAAGGAGAGGUUCUUUAGUAGUAGGUUCUUCUGCUGUAGUACUAUGUUAGGUCCCAAACCUAUCACUCAAGCAUCAAAUUUAUGUUCAAGAUGGAUUGCACUUAUUUUUGUCACCUAUGUUCUAGCUUAUCUUGCACUGUAAAUUAUCCUUGUUACAACAGUCAUACCUUCUAGCCUGACUUACAGUCCUAAAUUUACCUUCAUCUCACAUAAAUCUGGCACACACACUUCUUUUUUAUUCAAUUUAUUUUAUAUCAGGAAUGUAAAAUUUGGAUAUUGAGAGGGUUUUUUUUCUUUCUUUUUAAAGGAAAGGAUUCAUAAGCAAAAGAGGUUAAGCAUCCAUCAUCUUGGUCUUUUCUCUUUAUUUUUUGAGUCCUGUAUUCCAACUUUGACAUGAUAAGAAAUAUAUAGGAUACGUGAUAGCCAUACAAUUGUAAAAGAAAGCGUGUAUAAAUCCAGAGGGAUGAGGAGUAGAGUACACAGUAUGUCACAGUAUGUCAAUAUUAUAGCUUUUCUUAAUAAAAUUAUUUUAAUUAUGUGGAGAUACAGGGUAAUAUAACUUCAGUGCAGUUUCAUAAUGAUUUCACAGUCUGAGUUUCAGUAUUUUGAAAUCACACAGAAUCACAGAAUCACAAGGUUGGAAAGGACCCAUUGGAUCAUCGAGUCCAACCAUUCCUAGCACUCCCUAAACCAUGUCCCUCAGCACUUCAUCCACCCGUUCCUUAAACACCUCCAGGGAAGGCGACUCUACUACCUCCCUGGGCAGCCUGUUCCAGUACCCAAUGACUCUUACUGUGAAGAAUUUUUUUCUGAUCUCCAACCUGAACCUCCCCUGACGGAGCUUCAGGCCAUUCCCUCUUGUCCUGUCCCCUGUCACUUGGGAGAAGAGGCCAGCUCCCUCCUCUCCACAACCUCCUUUCAGGUAGUUGUAGAGAGUAAUAAGGUCUCCCCUCAGCCUCCUCUUCUCCAGGCUAAACAACCCCAGCUCUCUCAGCCGCUCCUUGUAAGACUUGUUCUCCAGCCCCUUCACCAGCUUUGUUGCUCUUCUCUGGACACACUCCAGAGCCUCAACAUCCUUCUUGUGGUGAGGGGCCCAGAACUGAACACAGUAUUCGAGGUGCAGUCUCACCAGUGCUGAGUACAGAGGCAGAAUAACCUCCCUGGACCUGCUGGUGACCCCAUUUCUGAUACAAGCCAAGAUGCCAUUGGCCUUCUUGGCCACCUGGGCACACUGCUGGCUCAUGUUGGAUUUAAAAAAAAUGUUCAUGUGCAAGCAAUUCUAAACCUGGACUCAUGAUCACAUAUGGGUUCUCAAGGAAAAAAGCCCUUUGGGAAACGCAGCUGUAAACUGUAUGUGCUUUUGUGUGUCCUGACAGACAUCAAUUGAAAGCGUUUUUAGGUUUCUGCUGAAUGAUAAAAGAACCAAUGUGAUCUCAUCUCAUUUUAAUUAAAGCAAAGAAAGAAAACUUAUUGAAAAAUCUCUUUGAAAUAGGUAUAUUUUUCUUAUCAUUUGGCAAAAGAAUCUUUCGGUUUAAUAGUGAAGGAGAAAAGAAAAAGGAGAAAAUAUGUGUAGAUGCAUUUGUGAGCCAAAUUUACUGAGGGAGGCAAAUUAAAAUCUUAGUAAAUAGGUUCUUCUUAUUCUUUUUUUCCAAAACUUCCUUCACUUCAGUUGUUCACAGAGAGUGGUUUGUGGAGAAAUACUAAAAAGGAAAAUUCAUUUUGUUUUCAGCUAAAAGGGAUAAUCUAGUUUUUGGAAUAUUACCAGCUGGAAAGAGGCAGGGACAAUAUGUCUUUCUUUCCUAAUUCUCUCUUUUGUAUUAGCUUCUCUUUUGUUUUCUUCAACCUCUCUUAAGUCAGCCAUUUCAGAUGCCAGAAAGCAGGAAUCUCUUACAUGACUUAGGCUUUUUUUUUCCAGGGUGUCCGCAGUUGCGUAUAAACUUGUACAAGAAAUUGCACGUGCCAACAGUGGAAUUUUUGAAACACUGUAAGUUCUCUAGCCCUCUGAAAAUGCUCUACAAUAACAAAGUUGAGUACUAGUCACCCUUCUAAAGAAUGAAAGCCAUCGCAGUCUGAGAAGGUACGGGCUUAGUGGAAUAAAAGUGUAGCAGUAAUGAACUAUUUCUCUAGACCGCCAACUGCAAUGCAGUUCUAGCAGGUUCUGCAAAAUAAAAAGUUUAAUUGGAAAUUCUGUGAUUCUUUUAGUAGUCUGUGGUGCCUGAUCCCUGCCCCCCACUUCCUUUUCUUAGCAGAUCUAGACUGGGUGGAGGCUGCAGCAAACCGAAGUGAGCUCUGCCCAGUAAAACAACCACAAGCAGCGUACCAAAGCAAGCUCUGUGCAACGAGAAGCUGAAAGAUCUCGCUUUGCCUGCAGUUUGUGGUGUUCUUUACAGGCUAUUGCUUUUGGAUUGCUGUUAGGAAUUGUGGGUAGGUAAAACAACCCAACACAAGCUGAAUUUAGGACAGAAUUGGUUGAGGAUCUCACUAGUCUGGUGACAUCCU